UCUGGAGUAACGGCAGUGCUGGGAAACAUUACGGGAUUCAGUUGUCGUCUGCCGCGAUUAUUAGCAGCUUCAGUGCCCGGUAGUUAAUACAGUGGACGUUGUCUUUCUAAAUGGUCUAACAGUUGGAUGUCGUUUUGAAAAGUUUUAUUCCACUGAAAACCCCUUUCUGGAAACGUCCCCGGUCCACGAGAAUCGGUCUAAAUGAUACUCACCUGAUACAUCAUCAUGCUUGUCAUACUGUUAUUAGCACUGACAACGACAAUCACUCGUUGUCAAAUCGAUCUGCAAAGUCCCAUAGACGAUGCAGACGCCUCUGAAAGACUUACUAGUUCAUUGGUUAAAGUGACAAGUGACAAUCCAGUCUCGGGGCCUCAAGCCCACGAAAGAAGCCUUGAAGAUAGACGGGAUCUGUUGCGCAAUAGACAGCACACUCCCUCUCGUUUAGAUGACAGGGCUGAUGACAGAGGGGACGGUUUGAAGAGAGACAGCAGAGCUGCAAGCAUACCUUCGUCAAGACGUGGCAAGGAACUGAGCAACGACGAAAUUGAGAGAGAUAUCCAAAGGGAGAGAGAAAGGACCGAAGAGGUUCUUAAGCUAAAAGAAGAAGCUGGAACACUGAGAGGCGUGGAUGUAUCCCGAAAUGCAUUCCUCGAUCGAAAGGGAACGUUGGAUGGUGAAAAUGAAGGUGGUGCGAGAAAUGAGCUAGCUAAAAGACGGUUUAGUGGGUCAAGUAUUGAGUUGGACCGUCAGCGCGAACAAGAUCGUCAACGAGAGAUUGAAAGAGAAGUUGCAAAAGCUGAGCAGAAGAAACAUGAGAUUCUAAGUAAUCCACGAAAUGUUCAUACAAACAGAGCCUCUUAUCAAACAAGAUGGCCAUCGAGAAAUACACAUGAUAUCGAGAGAGAAAGGGAAAGGGAGAGAUCAAAGACGCAUGGAAGACGGGGGUCAAGCAAUGUAGACAGGCAAAGAGAAAGAGACAGAGCUCACCGAGGAGGGCCACCAGAUAGACAUAGACAAAGCAGCCGACAGAGGGGAACUUCAAGAGAGAAACCACCUAUUCUCAUUUAUGAAAAGGUAGUUGAGUAUAAAGAUAGAGACUAUGAAAGACGGCCAACCAGCCACCGAAGACCAACAAACAAUCGACAUCCAUAUCUAUAUCAUGACCUCACGGGCAUACAGGAUACCCGCGCUCCAGACCGCCCUGUGGCAUUUAGACCUAGCCUCAAUACAGAUCGGAGACCUGGACGUCCUCAUUAUCAUGAGGAUCAUGUUGGUGUCGUGCAGUACCCAGGCUUGGUUGGAGUCGAACCUAUUGCACCUGUGAUACCAGCUGGUGGUCAAGUAAUAGAAUCGGUUCAACAUGGAGUGCUUCCUUCAGUUGAUAUAGCACAAGCAGCAAACGCUCAAGCUGUCAUUCAGCAUCAAAUACUCGCUGGCCAAGUGCUCCAAGCAAAUCAACUACAGCAAUUAGCAUUAGCUGCUCGUCUGAGAAGCAUACAUGCUAGGAAAAUAAAACAACAUCAGCUUGCAGCACAGCUGCAGGUCUUACAAGCAGGACAAGCCCAGAAAGCAGGACAGGUCAUAGCAACAGGACAGGCUUUGAAAGCGGGACAGGUCAUAGCAACAGGACAAGCCUUAAAAGCAGGACAAGCUAUAGCAACAGGGCAGGCUUUGAAAGCGGGACAGGUCAUAGCAACAGGACAAGCCUUAAAAGCAGGACAAGCUCUAGCAACAGGGCAGGCUCUGGCAACAGAACAGGCUCUGGCAACAGGACAAGCCUUGCAAGCAGGACAGGCUCUAGCAACAGGGCAAGCUCUGGCAACAGGACAAGCUCUGCAAGCUGGGCAGACCCUAGCAACAGGACAAGCUCUGCAUGCAGGCCAGGCUCUAAAAGCAGGUUAUGCCCUGAAAGCAGGGCAGACCCUAGCAACAGGACAGGCCCUGAAGACAGGGCAGGCAUUGGCAGCAGGGCAGGCCCUAGCAACAGGACAAGCCCUGAAGGCAGGGCAGGUCCUAGCAACAGGACAGGCCCUGAAGACAGGGCAGGCAUUGAAAGCAGGGCAGGCCCUAGCAACAGGACAAGCUCUGCAAACAGGGCAGGCUCUGGCAACAGGUCAAGCUCUGCAAGCUGGGCAGACCCUAGCAACAGGACAAGCUCUGCAUGCAGGGCAGGCUCUAAAAGCAGGUUAUGCCCUGAAAGCAGGGCAGACCCUAGCAACAGGACAAGCCCUAAAAGCAGGACAAGCUCUGAGAGCAGGACAGGCUUUGGCAACAGGGCAGGCCCUUAAGUCAGGGCAAGCCCUAAAAGCAGGACAGGCACUGGCAACAGGGCAGGCCCUAGCAACAGGACAAGCCCUGAAGGCAGGGCAGGUCCUUGCAACAGGACAAGCCCUGAAGGCAGGGCAGGUCCUUGCAACAGGGCAGGCGCUGAAAGCGGGACAAGUUUUGGCAACAGGACAAGCCCUAAAAGCAGGGCAGGCAUUGACAGCAGGACAAGCCCUAAAGGCAGGACAAGCCCUGAGAGCAGGGCAAGCACUAACUGCAGGGCAGGCAUUAAAAGCAGGACAGAUUUUGAAAGCAGGGCAAGUGCAAGCUGCAAAAGGAUCUGCCAUAGCUAACAGUGCUAUUCAGACUGGGUUGAGUGCUCUAGCUGCAUCCCAGAUAGCAGGUCACCAUGGUGCCCACUUAAAACAUCAUUUGGCAUCAUCUGCUUCUACUCUUGGUCAAAAUGUGGGGACUCAUCAUUAUGGCAGUGCUGUAGGUGUUGCACCGCCCCAAAUAACGGAGCCACAUGGCUCUCAUCUUGUAGAAAAUGUCAAUCUUCAGCUGCUUAGGGCGCAAAAGGACUUAUUGCAGAGACUCAUCCUACUCCAGCCUUACUUCAAAGCCGCUGGUACAAGACACUAUACUAUACCCAAAACGGUACCAAAAAUCCCAGUGGGCUCUUCACUGACAUCUGUGCAAGUGAAAGCUUUGCCUAGGAUAAGCAUACAGGUUCCUAAAACUGUUCCACCGCCUACUAUUAAAAUACCUGGGCUGUCGGGGAUUUUGAAGCCGCCAUUAAAUGUAGAAUACAUCGAACAUCUUCUUAAUUUGCCAGACGACAUCUUCAAAAAUACCAUUCAGACAACCAAGAAUGAAUUCCUAGGCAUAAUGUUCCCCACACUCUACCGCGACUCUGUGAGCAACAUCAAGCCUAUUCUUUCACAAGCAAUCAGCGUGCCAUCAGGCUCCUAUGGAGCACCAAUAUACCCUCCUUUGACGACCCCAGCUGUGGAAAUACUCGAGCCAUUGUCAACACCUUCAUCUGAUUAUGGUGCUCCACCCUUGAAGCUUGUGGUAACCACACCAUCAAUUCCAGUGAUAAGUGGGAGCCCAGUAAUCAUAGCUGAGCCUCUUGAACCUCUCUCAUUGUAUGGUCCACCAAAACCAUCAUCAACUAUACAUGGAGCACCUAAGCCUCCCACCCCAACAUACGGUGCACCUGAAAUUCCCCAAGCUUUGUCACCUACAUAUGGAGUACCUGAACCGCUUGUACCCCCACAAGGAAUACCUGCGACACCUUCCCCUGAGUAUGGGGUCCCCAAGCCAGUUUUGCCUAUAGUACCUGUAUUGCCGAAACCCCUAUCACCUGAACAUGGGGUACCUGGACUGCCUCAACUCCCAUCACCCGAAUACGGAGUGCCUGGACCACUUUUGCCUCCACAAGGACUGCCUGCAACUCCAUCAACUGAAUAUGGAGUGCCUGGAUUGCCUCAACUCCCAUCACCUGAAUAUGGGGCUCCUGGACUGCCUCAGCUCCCAUCACCCGAAUUUGGGUUACCUGGACUGCCUCAACUCCCAUCACCUGAAUAUGGGGCUCCUGGUCUGCCUCAGCUCCCAUCACCCGAAUUUGGGUUACCUGGACUGCCUCAACUCCCAUCACCUGAAUACGGAGUGCCCGGACCACUUUUGCCUCCACGAGGACUGCCUACAACUCCAUCACCUGAUUAUGGGAUUCCUGGACCAUUCUUGCCUUCUCAAGGACCACUUCAACCCCCGUCAUCUGAAUAUGGCGCGCCUGAUCCACCCUCUGAUACCUACGGACCGCCUCAGACACACGUACACCAUGAUUGUCAUCAUGGUGAAACUCAUCAUCACCAUCACCAUAAAGAUGGAGAUGAGAUCUUGAAGGUACCUCUCUCUCUCCAAGAAGUGCCUUUCCCAGUUUCGACAACACCAACUUUCCCAGGUAUUACUCCAACCUUUAUAACCACUCCUGUGCCAGUAUUCACAACAAUAGGCAGUGUUCCUGUUCCAACUACCAGUUCUUACGCAGACUUCGACUCAAGUCAUCACGACGCGAAAAGUCAUUUUGGAGAGUACCAUGUGAAUGCUGAUGGCAAUGUCAUUUCAGGACCUGAUUCUUUGCAUGGUCACUCGACCAUCCAUCCACCACACGUUCACACCCACGAUUGUGGACACAACUUGCAUUCUCAUGUGACCUUACCUCCAAUCAAUCUCCCAGGCAUCCACACAGCCUUACCUCUUGAAAGCCACGAGCACCACGACACUUCUUUCAUUCCCAGCCCCCUUGAGAUUAAGGUUCAUGAAUCUGAAUUCUUACCUGGGCCUAUACAUCUUACUAUUUCUGAGCCCAUUGAUGGUGUAGGUCCCAUACAUGUCACGACUUCUCAGCCACAAUAUGACAGCAAGGGAUCUCAUACUCCUCUCCACACAACUGGUAGGCCGUUAACAGUGGCGGAAGAAGUUCUUCAUACUACAAAUCGUAACCAGGCUUUAACACCUCUUCAUAUAACUACCAUUAAACCCCAUUCUUCCAAUGUGCAUUAUGACGUUCCAUCAGUUAAACCAAUUGUCAUUCCGACUACCCCAGCGACAACUUCAACGGUGGUUGUGGGUGUGGGACUACGACCUCAUGGCAGCGAUCAAGAGUUCUUUUCGCCCAUCACAACGACCAUCUCCCCACCACUGACAUCUAUCGCGCCAUUAUUCCCAACCACAACAUUCACCCCCACCGUUCCGUCCUCUACCACAAUUGUCCCGAGUUUCCCAACUGUCUCCUUCUCCGAAACGUUCUCGCCAACCACUACUUACUCCCCUCCCACAACCCCGAACCCCACUUUCUCCUCAACACUCAGUCCUAUUCCAACCACACCUAGACCUACUUUUACAACCACGAUUCGCCCCAUCCUCACAACACCAACCACGACCUAUACCACUCCAAGACCUGUGAUCAUUACCAGCAAUAAUCCUACCUACUCUACUAGACCUACUUUCCCCUCCACCAUAGGCCUAAUUCCAACCACAACCCCUUCAACGUUUGAGAUAGGAACCACACCUGUGUUCGUCGUCGAAGAGACUCCAGGUACCACGAUUUCCAGCACAGUCUUCGAACUCAGGCCUUCCAUCGUCACCAAUGGACAGUUCAUACCAACUACAACUUCAAGACCCUUUGGAACAUUCCCUUCCGUCGAUUUACCGGACGACAUCGACGACAGCGCCGUGCUCAUUUCCGAAGACGGCAGCCUAGGAAGCGUCCCCAGCACCCAAGACGUCCUGCAGAAGCUCUCCGCCCUCACAGAGGGCUUCGAGUACGACCGCAUACCCGGCACGGACCCCAACGACGAUACGCACAUCCUGUCUCCGUUCUCGAAGAGGAAGGGGAAUGCCACCCACCACAAGCUGUCGCCCUUCCACAACUCCCCAAAUCCAUUCCUCGUGAAGGAUGCCUCUGGGAACAAGAACCUUCCAGUCCCGCAGUUGGUCGGAGGAGACGGCCUCCCAGUGUCUGGAACACAAGGUUCUCAAGACAAUUUGCAAAUCACUCCGGAGAUGCUUGAAAAAUUGCCUGCUUACCUGAAGGAGGCACCAGCUUGUGCCACUGUGCCCACCAACAGAUCCUUCUGCGUGAUGCCCCAGGAUUACCCAAGUGAACUGGCAGAAUCUUUAGUUCUGACGUACAGUAGUGAAAUAGAGGAGAUUAAGAACGUCUUGAAGACGUUGCCCGCUCCAUCGGCAGACAUCUCUCAAGCACAGGAUCAGUUACCAUCCAUCGACACGAGUUUCGACUGUGAAAGCGAGGAGCGGACGGUGGAACUCAGCUGGGCAGUCGAUGUGCUAGGCAGCUGGUUCGUCAUUAUGCAAACGCCGCCCUUCACCCAGCCCAUCACUGUCACCACCUGCAGCCCACUGGCCCGCGUGAAAGGAUGCCGCCCGCUCCUGCAGCCCCGCCCUUUGAUCGCCUUCCACCCGCAGGAUCCUCAGCCACGCCCUUUCAUCUUCGAGUUCCCUCUUCCCGUGACCUGCGUCUUCGCGGGCUCCUCGCAGAAUGUACGUACGACUUCGUUCCGCACCUGGCGACCGGAUCUCCAACGACAUUCAGGUCCUCUGGGAUACGAAGAACCUCCUCUGAAUCACGUGAGACUAUUUGACGUCAGCACCUUGGCACCGACUGACAAUGUAAUAGAUUAUAAUAGCCAUUUCCAGCCCGCGGAGUCGUCGGAGAACGGCGAGCGAACUUGGUUUGCCUUUAGACCUACCGUCCUAUAUGAUGAGGGUGAGGACUUUUCUGAGGAGUCAGGUCACGACUGGCUAGAAACUGAGGUCAGCAGUGGGUCAGAUCAGAUUCCCUUUUCCUUCUUCUGCAUUUCGCCUUUCUUAACCCUAAUCAUUCUCCUUAUUCAAAGAUGACAACGAGCAAGAUCUGCUGUGGAUUAUGAACGAGGUUUCCGAACAUCUUAAUGUGAAAUGUUUACCCAGAGAUUGAGGUCGAUAUUCGCAAAUGUUCAUUGAUAAACUACCGUACUGAAUCACAUCAAGUAUAAUCGUGCGUAUACGAAUUAUUGUAACGAUAUCUGUUAAAACCGACGAAUCGAGCUCUUUUGAUAUUAAUGAGUAACCAAUGAGAACCUUUCAUCAGCAGCUUAAAAUGUUUACAUUUUUAAGUGCGCAUGUCACAUGAAAUAUUAGCUAUUGGACUUAAGUCGCAGAAGCAUGUCUCUAGUCUAAACAUGACGAGAUUCCUUUACUCUGGAAAAGUAAAGAUAGCUUUGAAGUUUGCCGCUGAAAGACUGAAUUGAAAAUAUCAGAUCUUUCAAGUUAAAAUGAAUGAUUUUCGUAAUCUCUGAGUAUGGAUUUGACAAUUGAUAUAAAGCACGCUGCAUAAAUCUCAGAAUGUCGCUGCUUUUUUUGUGUAUAUGAAGAGUAAGUCUGCGGUUCUUUCAGAGCGUCUUGGAGGGAUAUGGGACUUUAAAAGCAAACAAGAAGAAGAUACAGAAACAAAAGAUGGAUAAUUUACCUCGAAUCAGUCCGUUACAUAUCCCGUCUCACAGUAUAUUUAAAAGACCUUUCCGUCACAGCUGAUGUUUUAAGAACUCCGUGAUUCGCUAAUUGUAUGCCUGUUAUCAUAUUACCGCUAGACUUUCAAGUGAAUACAAAACAAGGCAACGCCGCUAAAUUUUGGUCAAGUCCCACAAAUAACGAGUUGUACCAGAGAGUUACACUUCGCACUUGCCUGGAAUGUGGUACUACUGCGUAGAUGUGAUGGGAAAUACAAAAAAAUGUAAAUCAAGGUCUUUUACUAACUUGGCACUUUUAUUUUUUGCGGGUUCGGAUAAGAGGUUUCUCUCACGAAGUGCUCGUCUCUCUCUCUCUCUCUCUCUCUCUCUCUCUCUCUCUCUCUCUCUCUCUCUCAGGGAAGGCCCAGUUAGGGGAAUGAGAUUAGACGGAAAUAGAGGAAAGCUAAGGAGCGUCGAGUGUGAAGAUAAAGUAUUAGAGGGAGGAAAGAUGAAACGUAAAUUGAAAAUAACGAGAAGCCAGUCAGUCCAAACUCUUCCCGAGAACUGAGUCCUCUGAAGGAGAAAGUCAAAAGGUCACUCCAAAUCCUAUGAGGAAAAAAAAAGAGAUUUACGAACUAAAGGGAGAGAGGUGUUGGUGGUGCAGAGGAGGUGAGGGACUUACUAGACAGGUAGGAAGGAGAAACUGUUUAAGAGGAGAAAAAUCGAUACGCGAAUCUGUAGAUGUUUAUUGACAAUAUUUGAUGAUAAUUUGUUUGGAAACAUCUCUUGACUUUUGGGGGUUUCUUGUUGUAGAAAAGGGCAACGGUCAAGGAUUUAAAUAAACAGUUUGAUGUACUAUUAAAUAUUCAAGGAAUAAAAUAAACAGUUUGGUGUACUAUUAAAUAUUCAAGGAUUAAAAUAAACAGUUUGGUGUACUAUUAAAUGGCCAAGGAUUAAAAUAAACAGUUUGAUGUACUGUUAAAUAUUCAAGGAUUAAAAUAAACAGUUUGGUGUACUAUUAAAUAUUCAAGGAUUAAAAUAAACAGUUUGGUGUCCUAUUAAAUGGUCAAGGAUUAA